AUGUUUAGUACAUUUGCUGAUGUAUUUGGUUCAGAUGAUAAUCAUACAAAUAAUCCAUUUGGUACAUCAACAACAUCAACAGUCGAUCCAUUUGGUAUAUCAACUGAUAAAAAUUUAACAACAUCAACAACGGAUGCAUUUGGUAUAUCAACUGAUAGAAAUUUAUCAACAUCAACAAUGGAUCCAUUUGGUAUAUCAACUGAUAUGAAAUUAUCUGCAUCUUCACAACGAUUUGAUGAUAGUCCAUUUAUAAUUGAAGCAUCAAAUGACGAAAAUAAUAAAUUUCGUAGUGGAAAAGAUGCAUUAUCAUCAACAAAUUGGAAUGCCUAUCAAAAUAAUGCCAAUGAACCAGCACCUUCAUUUGAUCCAUUUGAAAAUAUUCAAGAUAAAACAACAAAUUUAUCACUGAAUAAUAAUAAUAUAACACAUUCAAAAAGUAUUAAUCUUAUUAAUCCAUUUUCAAUUCCAACAAUUCCAAAUGAUAUAUCAACUGUACCUGUACAAGCUACAGCAAUUGAUCUUUUAUAUGAUCUGAAUGUUGAUCCAAGUACAUUACCAGCAAAUAAUUCUGAUAAUUCACUAACACAUUCUGAUCAAGUACAAUCAUCAUAUGAUCUUCUUGGUCUUAAUAAGCAGCAAGCUAGUCCAGCACCAUCAGUUAAAAUAUUAAAAAGUGAUAGUUUAACUGAUAUACAAAAAUUAAAUCCAACAAAAAAUUCAUCUCCAUCAACAUCUUUAUUAACGAAAUCAAAUAUUCCAACAGCAGCAUCAUAUCAUUCAUUACCAACAAAUGCUCCACCAACAUCACCAAGUACAUUACGUAUUCAAGCAACAGCAUUAACAAUUAUGACAGGUACAACAACAUCGACA